UUCAACGAUUGCUCAUUUUUUUCGUGCUUAUCAUUCCAGCACCGCGUCAGCUUUCGCCUACGCUUGCCGCGACAGCCACACCACCAAUCAGCAUAUCCAACAUUGGCGACAGCAGCGAUGAGCCGAAAACGCCACAAAAUCCACCCAGAACGGAUGAGGAAAUCGCAGCUUCCCACCCACCAAUAACAACUAAGUCGGCUUUCGAGCCGCCACCACCGCAUGUUAAAGGCAUACUAAAAUCGAAAUCCGGCUGUGUUGGCUUCAUGCCCAUGGACUUGAGUUCCGAGCUAAAGAAUCGACUGAAGAGCUCAACACAUGCCUCUGUAUCGAAUCUACGCAAAUCGGCAACAAUGCAUGAUGCCACGCGCACAAAACAAAGUGGCGAGGAGCACACUACCGCACCAAAACACGACGAUGCACUCAGCCUGGUGCGUAACCUCUCGAAUUUAGGGCGUCCACCAACGCUUGGUGCAGCAGGAGGCGGCAGCAGUGGCAGUGGUGAUGGCGGCGGUGCUGCGGGCUUGAGAGCUGCUGCUGAUACGAUCGCGUCAACGUCGGAAGGUGAAAGUUCGGGCGGUCGUGAAAUAUCGGAAAUAAUUAAAAAUAGCGCAGUUGCACGUCGACGCAAGCUGAAUGAUGGCAGCUACCUAGCUAAGGUGAAACCAACAGCAAAAUUUUGGCCGUAUCAAUUUAAGCCACAACAACCACCUCCACAGCACGAACAAACUUGAACAAUGCUUAAAAUGUAACAUAAGCCUGAAAUGACAAUGCCUAAACGUUCUUUGCGAGUCCUAUACGAAAAAUAAGUUUUCGAUUUUUUCACGCUUAAAAUAAAUGAAUAUAAAAAAUACCAUUGUAUGUGUAAACUAAUUAUUGUAAGAGUUUAUGCAAAUACAUAUAAUGUAAAAAAUUAAGGUUUUUAAUAUUAAUUUGGAUCAUUUUAUCUAUUCUGUUAU